AUGAAUGAUGGAGAACAGCACACACACGAGGAACAGAUAAACCGGUUGGAGGAGGAGGAGGAGGGGGAGGAUGAAUUAAAUGAUAGUCAAUAUCUGAUUUUCUUGAGGUCUUUAAACAAUGAAACCCUAAUAUCUCACAUCAAUGGUCUUGCACAAUCGCAAACAGAAGAUGAUCCAUCGUUUCAAGAGGCUUCUACGCCUAAAAGAUUAGCCCCAGUGCUUAGCUCUGCUAGUACUGACCCAUUUAAUGAUGGUUUAGAUGGGGAGGUUUUAAAAUUGGUUGACAAUGAGCAAAAUCAAGAGGCAAAAGGUGCUGAUGACAAAAUUGAGCCUGCUUCUAGUCCUGCGGUGGCGGCGGCUGUUCCUCUUGAUUGUGAAGCACGUCUAAGUGAAGAGUCAUCAGAAAGUGAUAAAGAUGAAAGUGCCAUCGGUAAACUUCACGAGUUUGGAGAUUAUCGCACAUAUUUUCAUUCAAAACGCAUGAAACAACAGAGACAAGAUGAGGCGUAUGUCAAGUGGGAUAGAGAGAGAAGGAAACAACAAAACAAGAACCUGCAGCCCCUUCCCAUCUUCUUGGGCUGUACAAUAUUUGUCAAUGGACACACUCAACCUUCAGUCAAUGAAAUUCAUCGAUUGGUUAUUCUCCAUGGGGGCAAGUUUUUGAGCUAUUUGCCAAACAAGUCUAGUGCCACUCAUAUUAUUUGUGAUCGCUUAACCCCAAGGAAAAAUGUGAUGUUUAAAAAUUGCCGAGUGGUGAAAGCGCAAUGGAUUGUAGAUUGCAUUGAGAAAAAUUGCCUUUUGGAUUGGCAACAGUAUCGACUUAUUUUAGAUGUGGCUUUCAAUCAAACGCGUCUAGGCUUUGAACUGGCACGUCCCGAGACCGAUGGUGUAAAAGAGGGCGAAAAUGAGCCUUUUAGCAGUGGCAUAGUACAAGUACAGGCUGACGCUGUUGCAGAUAAAGAAGCUGAGCCUGAAGGUUUAGACGAAGAUGAUGAUUUUGAUUCAACAUUGUUGCCAGAGGAGGAAAAUUUAUUGCAGAAACUGAAACAGUUUGAGGAGGAGAUAGAAGAACAAAAUGCUCAAGUAGAAAAUGUCGAUGACGACAUGCUAAAUUUUAAGGUUGCACCUUCUUCCAGCUCCACAAAGGGUGUACAUCAAGUGAAAGGAAAGUAUGUUUUAGACGCAAGACAUCCUGAUUUUUUGGCAGGAUUUUUUGCUAAUUCAAGAUUGCAUCAUUUGAGUAUGUGGAAAGCUGAUUUGAGAUUAAAAUUUUUAAGGAAAAUUAUCAAGGAAAAUCUUCACAAGCAUGCUAGAGAUCCGUUUCUAGAAGAUACUCCCGGUUCCAAAAUCAUAAUGCAUAUUGACUUUGAUUGUUUUUUUGCGACAGCGUCGUGUUUAAAGCAUCCCAAUUUGGAUAUCAAUAAAGACCCAAUAGCAGUAGGUCAUGGCGGAAACACGUCAGAUGUUGCCAGUUGUAAUUACGUUGCCAGAAAGCAUGGCGUGAGAAAUGGUAUGUGGUUGAAACUGGCGCAGAAGUUGUGUCCUGAUUUGAUUUCAUUAGACUACGAAUUCGAGGCUUAUGAAAAAUACUCAAGUGAAUUUUACAACUAUCUUGUAAGUAGCAACUAUUUCGAUACUAUAUACCCUGUUUCCAUCGAUGAGGUUUUGGUUGAUGCAACUUCAUACUGUAACAAGUCAGAGAAAGGCGUUGAAGAAGUGGUAAAAGAACUUGGUUCUUUGAUUCGACAACACGUUUACCAUUUGACAGGGUGUACGGUUAGUGUUGGGCUGGGCCCAAAUGUCUUGCUUGCAAAAUUGGCAUUAAGGAAGGCUAAGCCGGAUGGGCAGUUCUCUUUAUUAAAUGAUGCUGAGGACUUUUUGAAACCAGUGCCCGUAAAGGAUUUGCCUGGGUUUGGAGGAGGUAUUUUGGAUAAGUUGGAACCAGAAGUUGGAAAGUCGUCACCAAAGAUUAACGAUAUCUUACCAUUAUCCAAUUCGAGAUUAGUCCAGAUCUUGGGGGAAAAGACUGGAAAUAAAUUGUACCAAUAUGCUCGAGGUAUAGAUCAUACCAAUAUAGAGGUUGACACGUCCAACCCCGAGAUUGUGUUGGGUAGAAAAUCCAUUUCUGUUGAUGUCAACUUUGGUAUCAGGUUCGAUACUGUUGAGGAAUUGGAUGACUUUUGCAUGAGAUUGGCAAGGGAGUUGUAUCAAAGAAUGAUCAAUUUGGGCGUGUGUGGCUCUACUUUGACACUAAGACUAGCAAAGAGGAAAGCUGGUGCUAGUGUUGUGCCAGCCAAAUUUUUAGGAAUGGGAGAGGUUGAAUUUGUUAAUAAAUCUUCAAGACUUGGAAUGGCUACUAACGACUGGGGAGUCAUUGGCGGUGAAAUAAAAGUAUUGCAUAGAAUGCUUAAUAUACCUAUUAAGGAGUUGCGAGGUAUUGCCGUCAGUAUGACCAGAUUGAAAGAUGCUGAGUCAGUCAAGAGCUCGAAACAAAUGAAAUUACCGUUUAGUGCUGCUGAUCGAGACACUAGAUCCAGCAAAGACUUUGAAUCUUAUCGCGGUUUGAAAAGAAACCAUUCACAAAGUCCAACGAAAAGAAGUUCUGCCAAAAAGAGUGCGGUCAGUUUGACAAAGUUGUCCUUUACUCCUCGUCGCGAAAAAAGCAUUGCUUCCAAUUUUCAGGACCCAUUUGAAAAUGACCAACAAAUAGACUGGGAGGUAUUUGAGUCCUUGCCGCUAGAUAUUCGUCAUGAAUUAGAAAGCGAAUUGAGGAGAAGAGGCCUCGCUAAGGACAAAAGUCCCAGUAAAGGUAAAGCGUAUCUACAGCAACUAAUACCUACUCAGGGAGGUACUACAAAGUACGUUCGUGUCGUUGAAUCGCCGACGAAAUCACCACUGAGACUGAGAUCCACCACACCAAAAGCAUCUCCCGUGAAGAAGCAAAAGCGUGAGUUUGUUUACGAUGAGUCUCAGUCAUACGACUCAUCUUUAUUGAACCAGUUGCCAUCGUCGGUGAAAGCUGAUAUCUUUAAGGACAUGGAAUAUAAGCAAAACAUUAAAAAGUUCGAUUUAGUGCCUAUGCGGGAUAAGGUGAGUCGAAAGAUUGAGGAGGCAAAAGUGGAGGUUAAAGAAGUUACACCUCAGUGGAUACAGCAGCAACCCAAAUUGUUUGGCAUGCCCGAGUUUUUAAAAGAGCAUGUGACAUCAUCUGAAUUGCGGCAAAAAGUUAAAGAUUGGGUAAACACUUCCUUGAAUCAAGGAGGUCCACAUGAAGACGAUGUGAUAUAUUUUGGCACGUAUUUGCAAGCUUUGUUUGAUGACGGUCUUUUCGGCAAGGCGGUGACGUUAUUUCGGGAUAUAUUGAAUAUUUUAACGUACCACAAGACUGUUAUUAAUUGCAAUGGUGAAGGUGACGAUGACAAUCAACGUUUAUUUCUCAUGGUAGGCGUCGAUGAUUGGUAUAAGCAAAUUGACACUAUUUUGGUACCGAUAAUAGGGAAGUUUUGUAAAAAGAAUAAGAUAGUUUUAGAGUGGUAA